UCCACUAUGCAGAUUAUUCUGAAUGAUGUCCUGAAGAUGAUUUCAGUAAGUCUGUAACAACGUAGUGCAGACCUGCAAAGUGGCUGCUGUUUUGAUUUUGAUAAAAUUAUUGCACAACUAUUAGUGGUUUACCGAUUCUAACAUACGCAUAUUCACUGUUUUUUCUUUUCAUAGUCUCUUUGACAGGGAUGUUUUGGUGUACCAUGGCCUAUUGUGUCAAGUGACCAUACCUGUUUCUCCUAAGAAAUCUUUGGAGCCCCUUUCCCUACAGCUCAGCAUGUCUACACCUGAUGGUGAUAUCAGUCCUUUCAGUGAACCUGUGGUCAUUACUCCAGAGCAGCUGGAGACCAGACUUAAGCCUCCACGAGAGCUCUGCGUGAUGGGCUCUACAGCUACACAGGUACGCCUCUGCUGGAUAGAGCCAGAGGAAGGAGCCAGACCCAAAUCAUACCACAUCUACUGUAAUGACUCACUGGUGAAGACCACUGCUCUGCUGGGGGCUACGGUUGGCAGUUUAUCUCCUGGUACCUCCUAUCGGCUGAGCGUGAGUUCACUUGGUCCAGGUGACACAGAGAGUCCUAGAGCAGUAACUGAGGUGAAGACAGCAGAAGAUCAAGAUCAUGCUCCUUCUGCCGUCACUGUAGUUGUCCUGGGACGACAUGAACUACAGAUAAACUGGGGAGCCCCGGUCGCUCCUUUGGGGAGACUCUUCAGAUACGAGCUAAGUCUAAACGGGUGUGUGGUGUAUUUGGGCACAGGAAGGUCAUACACUGCAUGUCGCCUUAAUGCUUACACAGCGUACACCUGUAUUGUGACAGCUCUCACGUCCAGGGGGCGCUGCCAGAGCAGUCCAGUCACAAAGAAGACACACAGGUAUUUGCACUCUCAUAAACAUCAGUCAGCCUCAAAACACUCAUCUCCUUCUUCAAGCAUCCAAGUUACAAGUGAGAUCAAAAAGAAUGAGACGCUUUCAGCAGCUACACUCAGUCCUAAGAUCCUCCCGCAUGGAGCCCUCGACCACAGAAAAGACAGACACAGGCAAACAUCAGUCCAGAUAUGCAGUCCUAAAGGAGACCUGUCUUCCGCUCACACGUCUAAGCAGGAACAUUCUGACUACAUGUUCCAGACCCCAGAGGACCUCAGACACUUUAGGGCCAAGAUUAGCCCAGUCAGACUGCAGUGGAACCUGGACAGAAAAGUUCCCAUAGACAGAAAAAAACUACCGAGCAUCAACAAACUAAUCUCUGAGGAUGUGAGACCGCUUCAGCCUGUUUCGUUUAGUUGGUCUAAUCUGGAAUGGACCGAACAACAUCAAAACAGACCACACAUUGACAGAAAUAAAACCGUUUCAAAAGUCCAAAGUCAGCAAAGAGGAAGACGACAUCAAAUACCGUCAUAAACUACACUCACAUAACAAACGGUGGACACACACAAAAUACAAUGUUCAUAUAAAUGCAUAUUUAUUUUAUUUGAAUAUAAAUGAAUACAUUUCAGAAGUUUCUUUCUCAAUAAUAAAUAAA